UUUCUUUUGCUCAAUAAUUAUUUUUUAUUAUUAUAGUUAUCAAGAAUUGUAUAUUUGAAUUUUUCGUCAGAAAUGACAAGAUGUAUGAAGAAGCAGGUUAAUCUAAAAAGCAGCACUUAUAAUCAAACGGGACAGAAUUAUUUUGAGCAAUUGGCGGCGUAUAAUUCAAUGAGCGUGCAUCUACGACGGAUUUUAUUGGCAAGGAGCGUAGUUGAUACAAGAAAUAAAAUUUACUUGAAAAGAAAUCAGCGAUACAAAGUACAAAGAGCUGAUGAUAGCGAAGUCUGUUUGCAUCUGGGAGCAACGGACGAUGUCAUCGAUAGAUUGGCCUAUGAUACUCGACAUCAUCCCAUGGAUAUGUUAGGAAUAUAUUUAAACGCGAAGCAUCUGGACUUUUGCAAUUGUAAUUUAGAUCAAUUGAAAGCUUGUAGUAGUCACACAUAUUGUGACGAAACCGAUCAAAUGGAUCGACAGCAACGAUCAACAUCAAAGAGUCAAAGAAUGACAUCACCAACAACAUGUUCACCGAAACAUAAAAAAUUUUCAGUAUCAAAUUUUAUUUGCAAAAAGGAGUUGAAAUCUACGCGAGAUGUCCCUGAUAUAGUCAGUCCACCAACAUGCUUUUUGCGACAGAGAAGGUGUAGAUACGAAAAAGAGCUCCCACCUCCUUGCGCAGCUACUAGAUUAGAUUCAACGAUAUUUAAAUCAAGAUCUCAAUCCCCAAGACAGAAAAAAAUCGAUUAUCACACGUUAUCUUCGAGCGUCUCGCAAUGUUACGAUUUUGAUUGCGAUGAAAAAUAUAUCAAAGAGUCCAUUUCUAAACAAUUCAUAUCUCAAAAAGAAGAAGAGAAGAAAUAUAUUAAAUUUGUUUACAACAUCACCAAAGAAAUAAUGCAGAGAGGUCUUUAUACUGAUAAAGAGCUGCAGGAUGUAUUUAAGAAACACAUAAAUCAAUAUAAAGGAAUAUUAAAUAUGAAUAAAAUGCUAUACGAGAUUUAUCAAUUAAAGAUCUCCUUAAAUAUAGCGGAUGAUUCAGACACAGACGAAGAGCUGGAAGAUUUGAUCCAUGCGCAAAAAUUAUUAAGCGUAUCUGAGAUUAGGCCUCCUACGCCGCCGAAGAUUUUGGAUGAAAAUAAAGUGAUGGAAAAAUUAGAAUCUUAUCAGAAAAUGAUGAAGGCUGACAGAUCUCCAAAAAUUACUACGAAAUCAGUGAUGCUGGUCGACGCGAACCCUGAACUACUCAUCACCGAAAGAGAUGUGCUGGUAUCGUUGGUGGAAGCAGGUGUAGAUCCCAAACAAGUUCAACAUAUUUGUAAGAAUCUACGUCACAAGAGUAGAGACGUCAACUUCACUGAAGGGGCACAGAUAGACAUGGAAACUUUAUAUUCUUCGGACUCGAAAGUAGAUAAUUUAGAACUAGAAGACAACGACAAGCAGGUUUCCGUGGCUGCUGAAAGUGCUCGUGAUAAUUCUGUCGUGGAUAAUUCAAUUGAGUUUUCUGAAAAACAAGAAUCGAAUCCUUCGACACCGAAUUUCGUAUCCACAUAAGACGAGACAGUGGAAACAAAAGAGGAGAAGACGGAAUCUGAAAUCACAUCUGAACAUGAUAAAGCAGAA